GUUCUUUGCUCAGAUUUAAUUAGAGGAAAUAUGUCAGAUAUAACAGUCAGGGUUGCUCCGAACCGCUUAAUCGCAGAUAAACUAAUAUUAAAUGAUAUUACAUGUAUUUUAUUUUAAAUAGAAAACGGCGUCAUAGAUGUAAUGACGAGUUUUGCGGGAGUGGCGUGUUCGUGAGCGCGCAGCCUUUGCGGGGUCGCGCAGGUCCGGAGGGUGAGAGCGGAGCGCGCAGGUGAUCUCUCAGCAGUCAGCACCUGGCUCGUGUUCUUCGGUACAGGCCGUGCAAUAUUAAAAGAGUAAUAUAUUAAGCAUGAGCAGCAGCGGUGGUUUGGGCUUGUGCACAUGAUGAUCUUCCUCAUCCUCGCUGAGUAUGGCGGAGUCGGAUGCUGUGCAGUUCAUUGUGAAUCGAGCUCAAUGCAGCAUGGCUAACAACAAGAAUAGCACACUCCGUUGUACUUUUUCGGCCCCCGGCCACAGUAACACUCUCCUGAGGGGGUUGUCUGCAUUACGCGCUCAAGGUCAAUUACUGGAUGUGGUUCUGGCCAUUGAGAACGAGCGCUUCGAGGUUCACAAAGCUGUUUUGGCGUCCUGCAGUGACUACUUCAGAGCCAUGUUCACUGGAGGAAUGAAGGAGUCAAACCAGGACACCAUAGAGCUAAUAGGUCUGUCACCCAGAGGCCUGAAGCACAUUAUUGAUUUUGCCUACAGCUCCGAGGUCACGCUGGACCUGGACUGCAUUCAGGAUGUUCUCGGAGCAGCCGUGUUCCUACAGAUGGAGCCUGUUGUGGAGCUUUGUGAGGAGUUCCUCAAAUCGGCAAUGAGCGUCGAGACUUGUCUGAACAUCGGUCAGAUGGCCACCACUUUCAGCCUCUCCUCCCUCAAGCAGUCCGUGGACACGUUUACGUUUCGUCACUUCCUGCAGAUCGCCCAGGAAGAAGACUUCCUUCACAUUCCCAUGGAGCGACUGGUUUUCUUCCUUCAGAGCAACAAGUUGAAGAACUGCAGCGAGAUCGACUUGUUCCACGCGGCUAUCCGCUGGCUCCAGCACGACGAGUCCCGGCGAGCCAUAGCCAGCGAAGUGCUCUGCCACGUGCGCUUUCCGCUAAUGCGGUCCUCUGAGCUGGUGGACAGCGUCCAAACGGUCGGCAUCAUGGUGGAGGACGUGCGUUGUCGUCAGUUUCUCUUGGAGGCCUUCAAUUACCAGAUCCUUCCGUUUCGACAGCACGAAAUGCAGUCGCCCCGAACUACCAUUCGGUCCGAUGUCACGUCGCUAAUCACCUUCGGUGGAACGCCGUACACCGACAACGACCGCUCGGUCAGCAGCAAAGUUUACUAUCUACCCGACGUCGCGGCACGACAGUUCAAAGAGAUAACGGAAAUGGAGAUGGGGUGCAGCCAUGCCUGCGUAUCGGUUCUGGAUAAUUUUGUGUACGUAGUAGGCGGGCAGCAAUUGCAGUACCGCAGUGGAGAGGGUGCGGUCGACAUCUGCUUCCGCUACGACCCCCAUCUGAACCAGUGGCUGCGAAUCCAGCCCAUGCAGGAGAGUCGCAUUCAGUUUCAGCUUAACGUGCUGCAAGGGCGGCUUUAUGCCACAGGGGGGCGCAACAGAUCUGGCAGCUUGUCCUCUGUAGAGUGCUACUGCACCAGGAAAAAUGAAUGGACGUAUGUGGAUUCCCUAAAAAGGAGGAUCUGGGGUCACGCCGGCGCUACGUGUGGGGAUAAACUUUACGUGUCCGGAGGUUACGGAGUAUCCGUUGAGGAUAAGAAGACUCUACAUUGUUACGAUCCAGCAUCUGAUCAGUGGGACUUCAAGUGCCCCAUGAAUGAGCCGCGAGUCUUGCACGCCAUGAUCAGUGUAAAUAACCGCAUUUAUGCCCUCGGUGGAAGAAUGGACCACGUUGACCGCUGUUUCGAUGUUCUAGCUGUAGAGUAUUACGUUCCAGAGACGGAUCAAUGGACGACAGUCAGCCCGAUGCGUGCCGGUCAGUCAGAGGCAGGCUGCUGCUUACUCGAUAAAAAGAUUUAUAUAGUCGGAGGAUACAACUGGCAUCUUAAUAACGUCACAAGCAUUGUACAGGUUUAUAACACGGAGUCGGAUGAGUGGGAACGGGAUCUUCACUUUCCCGAAUCUUUUGCAGGAAUAGCUAGCACACCCAUCAUACUUCCUCAAACCACCACCCAACGUUAAGAGUUUGUUAAAUACAAAGCACAGAUUACUUUAUCUUUGCAUCUAGGCUAAGAAAGGUUCUACCCAAAAAAUAGGCUUUAUGCCCAGCUGCACUACUUCCUGAACUUCAGCUAGCUCCUUGUUUCCUGUCUGCCA